AUGGCCUUCGUUGUUCUGCGCGACGGAUCUGGAUUUAUUCAAUGCGUCUUGACCGAUCGGCUUUGCCAGAAGCUACGAUGCCGUUACAUUGACCGCAGAAUCGUCGAUUCAGAUUGUGUUUGGACUGCAGGAAUAUGUUUUCGAAGCAUUACAGGUUUUUCGGCACGAUCAACAAGCUUCCGGAGGGGCAAGACUGACACCCACGAUGGCCACAGGCUGGUUGUCGAUUAUUGGACCCUGAUUUCCGCCGCUCCUCCAGGUGGCAUCGACAACGUGCUCAAUGAAGAGCCGGCUGGAGUCGACACCCUUCUUGAUAACAGGCAAGCGGCUUUUAGUUUAACAAAUUAUGCCUUUUCGGGCAUCUCGUGCUUCGCGGAAAAGACGUCGCGAGUUUUGCGCAUCGGGGCAGCUGUUACGAGGGCUAUGCGCGAGCGCACCCCCAUCAUCACGGCUACACCGAGGUGUCCCAUCCCACUUGGUCCAGACCCAGUCUCGGCCACUAGAGCGGAAAAGUCGAGGACGCGUCGCCAUCUUAGCAAAUAUAACCAUGUUGAAGCUGGGGUUGCAUUUGUGACUUUUGAAGAGCGGAUGGACAAGGUGGAGGCACUUGUCUGUGACACUGUUGACAGGCUCUGGAACGAUGAGACGACCAAGGCGUUGAUCCAGCACGUUCACCCGGAAUUCGUGCCGCCCCAGCGCCGAUUCAAGCGCAUGGCCUAUGGCGACGCGAUCAAGUGGCUGAACGAGCACGCCGAUUAUGCUGAACAAAUUCAGAGCCGGUAUCAGAAUCGUUCUAUGGCGCUCUGUGCCGAAGACAACCAGCUGACCGAGUCGGUGGAUCUUUUGAUGCCGGGAGUCGGAAAGAUUGUCGGAGGAUCCUAUGAGGAUCUGGAAGGCCGACGGAUUCAGACCGCUCUUACAAAAGCCGGAAUCGACGGAAAGCCCUAUUAU